UGAUAUCACAGAGGUCAUCACAGCUGAGUAGCCCAGGGGGACCUGGGUGGUACUCGGGGGAGGGAAAGGAUGUGUCUCCCCCCGCCCAACCUCCCAUGACUGUGGUGAAGUCCAUCGAGGUGGUGCUGCCCCAGGAUGCAGUCUACCUGGCCGGUUCGAACAUAGAUGGGCAGGUGGUCCUCAUCCUCAACAGUACCCUCGUGGACCCUGUUGUGAAGGUGGAGCUCGUGGGUAGGGGUUACGUUGAGUGGAACGAAGAAAUUGGACAGAACCGCGAUUAUAGCAGAGAUGUUAUUUGCAAUAAUAAGGCAGAUUACGUACAUAAAACAAAGACAUUCCCAAUAAAAGAUAAUUGGUUAAGGGCAGGCAGCCACACCUUUGACUUCCAUUUCAACUUGCCUCCCAGGCUCCCGUCCACCUUCAACAGCAAGAUUGGCCACGUCUCCUACUUCCUGCAGGCCCUGUGCAUGGGCCGGGAGCAUAUCCUGGCCAAGAAGAAGCUGUACUUGCUGGUCCAAGGGAUUUCUGAAUUCCGCCAGCGGAACCUAAUCCAGAACCCCCUGUUGGUGGAAGCCGAGAAGAAGGUAUCCUACAGCUGCUGUAGCCAGGGCUGGGUAAAGCUGCAGGUACAGAUGGCCAAGAACACCUUCGUGCCGGGCGAGAAGGUGACCUUCACGUCGGAGAUCCGCAACAACACGGGCAAGUACAUCAAGACGGUGGUGUUCGCCCUCUACGCCCACGUGCAGUACGAGGGCUUCACGCCCAACGCCGAGCGGCGCCGGAGGGCAGACAGCAGUGAGCUGCUCCGGCAGGUGGCCAACGCUCGCAUCCCAGCCUUCAACAGCACCACGGUGGUCAGUGCCUUCACCUUGCCCCUGGUGUUGUCCGUGAGCAACGGCUCCCAGGAGAAUGAGCUCAUGCAGACCAGCUAUGAGCUUGUAGUGACUGUCCACCUCCCCUGGUCCUUGUCAACUGUCAAAGCCCGGCUCCCCAUCAUCAUCACCAGCACCAGGGAAGACCAGGCCAACUGCCCCCAGGCGGAUGAGUCACCAAACGAGGAUCAACGGGUUUGAAUGCCGGAACUUUAAAUAUUAAAAGCCUAUUGUAACUCUAA